UUUAUUGAAUAUGACUGUAUAAGGGCUUGUUAGAAACACUUUUAACAAAGGAAAAAGGGAACAUGGCCAAUGUGUCCCCUGUAAUUAGUGCACCAGCUUGAGACAUGCCACCCAUUACAAAGUUGUCUUACAAAGCCUGAGGUGGAUAAACAGUUGUUGUUCUGAUCACUUGGUAUAAAAGCAGUAACUGCUGAAACAGUAGACUCUUUACACACAUGGCUAUAGACUAUAUUACUAUAUUACACGCAGUCAUGAAUUUCCAUGUGCACUUUAUUGCCUUCCUAACCCUGAGCCAAAGCCUUUAGAUGCACCUAGAUACAGAGAGCGCCAGACUUUACACCAUCAUCAUGCGGUGAGUUAGUCUUUGCCUGAUUGCUUCACAACAUUUCACGAAGGACCUGUUCCACUGUGCGUAAUUUGGAAAUGUAUAGAGCACACAGAGUGAAUACAGGUAACAUUUAGACCUGUGAUAUCAGGCCAUAAAGCACCUUUGCAAUCUUAGUCACAAGGCCAGAUAAGACCAAAGACUCAGACCCACAUUACCAGGUUGGAGCAACUUCCUCAGCUGUGGUAAUGCACUGAUUAUGGCCUGAAGAAAUGAACGCAAACGGAUUCAGAAACCUUAAAGAGAAAUCUAGCGGCGAGGUGGGACCAUAAGUUUAAAAAUCUUGCACGUCGCGCAUGUUUGAGCGAGAAUGGAGCCGCAGAAUUUUCUCUUAAAUAUCAAGGAAGAGAUUGAGACAGUGACCCACGGAUAAGGCGGAUAAGAUAAGGCGUGUUUUUGCCAACCCCCCCCCACACGCAGGACGAGGGCUUUAUAGGGAGUGCUGGCCUCUUCACUGGCUGCCGUCCUGCCUCCAGCACCGCUGCGCCUCGCCGCUCUCCACUGACCGAGAUGGACUUCUCCAAAAACGCCACAGAGAGGCCAGAGCCCUGCAAGGCGGAAGUUAAAGGGACGAUCCCCGACUGGCUGCAGGGAACCCUGCUGCGUAACGGACCCGGGAUCUUCUCUGUGGGGGAGACCAGCUAUGAGCACUGGUUUGACGGGAUGUCCUUAAUGACCAGCUUCUCAUUCAAGGACGGAGAAAUGACCCACAGGAGCAGAUUCCUUAGGAGUGACACCUACAACUCUAACAUGGGCGCAGACAGAAUAGUGGUGUCUGAAAUGGGGACAAUGGCAUAUCCAGACCCUAGCAAAAACUUCAUCUUUAAGGCGAUCACUUUUCUGAACCACACUGUGCCAGAUUUUACCGACAAUGGUUCUAGCAAUAUCAUCAAAUACGGAGAUGACUAUUUUGCCACUUCUGAGACCAACUACAUCCGCAAGAUUGAUCCCGUUACCCUUGAAACUCAAGACAAGGUGGACUACAUGAAGUACCUGCCCGUUAAUCUGGCUUCCUCUCAUCCGCACUACGACAAAGAAGGCAAUGCCUACAACAUUGGAAUUUCAAUAGCCGAGAAGGGCAAGACCAAAUACAUACUGUUUAAAGUCCCGGCUGUUUCAGCCAAAGACAAAGGCAAGACUGUUCCUGCCCUGAAGAAUGUGGAGGCGAUCUCCACCGUUUCCUGCCGAUCUCUUCUCACGCCGAGCUACUGCCACAGCAUCGGCUUCACGGACAAUUACAUCAUCUUCGUGGAGCAGCCUUUCAAGCUGGACAUCCUCAAGAUGGCCACGGCCUACAUGAGGGGGGUGAACUGGGCAAGCUGCUUGAAGUUCUGCCCCGAUGAAAAUACUCUGAUCCACCUAAUAGACAGAAGAACUGGAAAAGAGGUUGAUAUGAAGUAUUACACCGGAUCCAUGGUCAUUUAUCAUCACGUGAACGCUUUUGAGGACGGAGAUCACGUGGUCUUUGACGUCAUCGCCUACAAUGAUAACAAACUUUAUGACAUGUUCUACCUGAAAAACCUGAAAAAAGACGCUGGUUCUCAAGACAGCGCCUACAGCAAACCAAGUUUCAAAAGGUUUGCUCUUCCUAUCAAGUCGGACAAGGGUGUUGGAGUUGGAGAAAAUCUGGUGAAACUCAAAUACACAACAGCCAGUGCUGUGAAGGAGAAGGAGGGCAAAUUCACUUGCCAAUCAGAGGUGCUCUGUGAAGGUUUUGAAUUACCCAGGAUCAAUUAUGAUUUCAACGGCAAGAAGUACCAGUUUGUCUAUGGGAACAUUGUGGAGGAAUCUGCACUGUCAAAACAGGUUGCCAAGUUCGACACAGAGACAAAGACGAUGCUUUACUGGGAUGAAGAAAACUGCUGGCCAUCAGAGCCCAUUUUUGUCCCCAGGCCAAAUGGAGAAUCAGAGGACGAUGGAGUUGUCCUGUCAUCUGUCAUCAACUCCAAUCCAGGCCAGUCCAGUUUUCUCGUGAUCCUCGAUGGAAGAACGUUCAAGGAAGUCGCUAGAGCGUACGUCAGCGCUGAGCUCUACAAGGAUAUGCAUGGGAUUUUCAUUCCACAGGGGAAGUGAUCAACAAACAACAUGCUUCCAGUUUACUGCACCCCAAACAUGCAUUUAUCUUUCUGGAUAUCCUGACUUUGUAUAACCACACAGGUCAUUUUCCCAUUUUCCAUUGUCAGUCAAUAUAUCGUACUUCCCCUGUUACCAUGUCAUCUUGUGUGCCGGGUUAGACCUUUAACCUGAAUAAAUCAUUUCAGAAAUGAUGUUCUGAAAGCCAUUUUUCAUCAUUUCUGCUUUUAAAGAAAGAUAUAUGUUGCUAUUUUUGCAUGGAUAACAACUUCACUUUAAGAACGUGUAUGUAUGUAUUAUUGUUAUUGAAUAUUUGCACAUUAUUUGAUUAAAAACCAAUGUAAAAGC